AUGGCAGCCAAAUUAGGGGUUGUGGCGCAGUCUGAGAACAAAUUUGCUCUUGAUCUUCACGAGAUCCUAAGAAAUGAAGGCAAUUUGGUCAACGAAAACCUUUUCUAUUCUCCUGCAAGUCUUCUUAUCGCUCUGGCGAUGACUUGUUUUGGAGCAAGGGGAAAAACUGCCGAGGAAUUAGCGAGUGUUCUUCAUCUAAUCCCUGAUUCCUCAUCUGGGCCCAACAUGAAGAAGUUUCUGUCCAACCUCAAUUCGUCAAGCGACAACAACACCAAGCUGCUCACGGCAAAUAAGCUUUUCAUUGAGAAAAGCCUUGAAAUCCUGAAGUCGUAUAGAGCUGGGAUUCAAGAGUUUUACGAAUCUGAAAUUUCUUCUCUGGAUUACAAACAGCGCACGGAAGAAGUCAGAGAGGAGAUUAACAAGUGGGUGGAACAGAAAACAAACGACAAGAUCAAAGGACUUAUUCCUCUUGGAAUGCUAAGUUCUGACACAAGAUUGGUUCUGGUGAAUGCAAUUUACUUUAAAGGUUUAUGGCUUCAACCAUUCCUGAAAGAAGAAACUUUUCCAGGGACCUUUUUUGUGGCUGCAAACCAAAAAGUACAAGUGCAAAUGAUGCGCCAAGAAGCCCAUUUCAAGUUCUUCGAAUCAGAGGAACUUGGUUGCCAGAUACUCGAGUUGCCGUAUGUAGGAAGUAAGAUGUCCAUGGUAAUCUUCCUUCCUGUAGAAACCGAUGGCCUGGUGAGUUUAGAGGGAAGGAUCACCUAUGACAACUUUGCGAAGUCGCUGUCUACCCUUCAUUCCUCAAGACCUGAAGAAAUGGAAGUGUUUCUGCCCAAGUUCAAGUUGACACAGCAGUUUAGUCUGAAUGAUGUUUUGUCAAGAAUGGGAGCAAGUGAAAUGUUCAUUGCUGGCAAGGCAGACUUCAGUGGUAUCACAGCAGAUUCACUGUAUGUUUCACAAGUGGUUCAUAAAGCUUUUAUCGAGGUCAAUGAAGAAGGCACAGAGGCUGCUGCUGCUUCUGGUAUUGGAGUCAAUGCGUUGAGUUUAAAGCCCAUGUUUAAUGCACCUAUC